UCUACUACAGUAUUAUACCUACCUCCUGCAUAAUUGCAUUUCCUAUUUCUUCCAUUCCCUGCGAGGUAGAGAUCGAGAGAGCGCAAGCAAGCUAAGGAUAAGGAUGAUAGUCGUGGACAAAGUCCUAGAGGAACUGGUAACACAGGGGGUAAAUGCUUUGGUCCAAAAUGUAACAGACAAUGUAAAGCUGAUUCGCGGCAUAAAUUCUGAGAUAAUAGAUCUCACCUCCGACAUCGAAACGUUUAACGCCAGGCUUGGGGAAGCUUUCAAGAACCCAAGGGCCAACGACCACAAUGUUUUGAGAGUAAUAGUGAAAAAAUUCCGAUUUGUUGUUGAUGAGGCUAAGGAUACGAUUGCCAACUACGUUGUACUGAAUAAGAGACAUGGAGACAAUGUCUUUUCAAAGUCCUUGGAUAGGAUUCCACUUUGCGGAAAGGUCAACGCCUAUGCGAGCGAUAUCAAGUCCAUUAGGGCAAAGAUGAAAGCGAUUCGCCAAGAGCACGAAAGAGAACUUCUAUACCUCAUGAAGUUCGAAAUCAGAGGCCAAGACAAUGAUGUGAAAACUCUCCAGGCUCGACCAAUAGCUAAGAAAAACGAAGUAUUAGGCUUUGAAGAAGAUUUGAAAAAAGUAAGAAUUCGUUUAUCACAUGCAUCCAAUAAUCUUGUUGUCAUCCCAAUUGUUGGGAUGCCUGGUACUGGAAAAACUACAUUUGCCUCUAUGCUUUUUGAAGACUCAAGCAUUCACAGGAAUUCCAUUCGCAUUUGGGUUCAUAUUUCAAAACGUUGUGAUAUAAAACAGAAAUUCAUCAGCAUCAUAUAUCAAAUUACCAAGAUUGCCGAAGACUUGACAAACAAGACUGAAGAAAUGUUGAGAGAUACAAUUCGGAACCUUUUAAAGGAUCAAGUAUACUUCAUUAUAUUGGAUGAUGUAUGGGCAAAAACAGACUGGAAUUCUUUAAAAGCUGCAUUCCCUGAAAACAAAAAUGGAAGUAAAAUCUUGGUGACCACCAGACACGCCAAUGUGGUUGAUUCUACUUGGAAAUCUCAUCAUUUAGAUAAGUUAAGCAUUGAUGAUGGUUGGAAGCUAAUUAAAAAUAAUGUUUUUGGUACAGAGGGAUGUAGUGACGAAUUAUUUGAAGGGCUUGGGAUACAAAUAGCAAACAAAUGCGAUGGAUUGCCACUUGCCCUAGUUGUGGUAGCUGGUAUCCUACGCAAAUGUACAACUUCUACGGACUGGCAACGAGUGGCUGAUAAUCCGCUUCUAGAAAUUAAUCGAGAAGACCAAAGCUACCAUGGGGUAGUAAAGUUGAGCUAUGAUGAUUUGCCUCAUGAGAAGUUGAAAAAUUGUUUCCUGUAUUUUGCAUAUUUUCCCAUGGGACAUGAGAUUGCUGUAUGGAAGUUGGUUCGUUUGUGGAUAGCUGAAGAAUUCAUUCCGACUGUAAAUGAGUGGGGAUACCCUUUAGAUGAUGUAGAAGUUGAAGCUCAAAAAUACUUGAAUGAUCUUGUUGAUAGAAACCUUGUGGUAGUGGAAAGAAGAAGAGCAGAUGGUCAAAUAAAAACAUGCCGCAUCCUUGACAUAGUGCAUGAGUUCUGCAAAAGCGAAGCUGCAAGGAAAGAGUUAUUCCACAUAAUGGUUGAGGAGCAAAGAUUAGAUGAUGAGAAUACUUGUUCAUCAUCAACUCGCCGUCUUGGUUUCCACUCCUUUACUGCAGACAUAUUUGAUGAUUCAGCAGAAAAUAAAUCAUUUGCAGGUUUGUUCCCCAAUUGCUACAGCCAAAGUAGGAGUUCUUUGUAUCGGUUUGGCAAACAUAUCCAUUCUUUGUUGCUGUCUUCCACACAAAAGAGUGAGACUCGUUUUGCACAAGAGAAAUUAGCAACCAUCCCAAACAGCUUUCCACUUCUUAGGGUGUUGAAUAUUGAAUCCAUCCACUGUGACUUGUUGCCGAAUGAGGUUUAUGGCUUAUAUCUUCUCAAGUAUCUUGCAAUCACAAGCAAUCUCAAUCUCCUCCCCGAAUCAUUCAAAAAUCUUCGUGAAUUGGAGACUAUAGUGAUCAAAACCACAUCAAGGACCCUACAAAUUGAGGGAGGCAUAUGGAACAUGGAAAAGUUAAGACAUGUACGCACCAACACCUCUGCUCAAUUACCCUUUCCUCCCAAAACUAAUUACUCUGGAGGAAAAGCUAUCCGCACACUUUCUACAAUAUCACCAACAAGUUGCACAAAAGAGAUCUUUAGUAGAACCCCCAAUCUCCAAAAAUUGGGUGUUCGUGGGAAUUUAUUCCAACUUUUAGAGGAAAAGAAAAAUAAUAUUUGCUUGCUCAACAAUCUUGGAAUGCUGAAGUGCCUUGAAAACUUGAAGCUCUAUGGGCAGUAUGAUAACAUGUUAACGGUUCCUAUUCUGGACAAGUUUGCAUGUAAGCUAAAAAAGUUGAGCUUCUCCGGCACAUUGUUUAAGUGGAAAGAUAUAACAGUAUUGGGGUUGUUGGAGGAGCUUGAGGUGCUGAAGUUGGAUGACUAUGCAUUCAAGGGGGAGAAUUGGGAACUAAGCAAUAAUGUUGUUUUCAGAAGGCUUCAAUAUUUGCGCAUUGGAAGGACGAACCUAGUAACUUGGAAGCUGGCCACACAUAAUAGCUUUCCUGCUUUACGAGUUCUAGUCCUUCGAAACUGCAGCUCCCUAGAAAGAAUUCCAGAAAGUUUUUCUAGGGUACAUACCCUUAAGGUAAUGGAAUUGUUUCACAUGAGUAAAAAUGCAGUUAAGUCAGCAAACGAUAUCAAAGAAAAUGUUGUCGGAAACGAUACAGGAAUCAAGCUCAUCGUCAUAACCUUUGAAAAGAGAGAGAGACCAACGACGGCAGCCAUGGACAUGGUGAUUGAGCAAGAUGUAAGUGAGGCGGUAGACAGGCUGGUUCAAACUGUAGCGGCAUACAAUAAUAAUGUCAAGCAGAGUCGGGGGCCUCCUCCUGUCGUCGAUUCGGCGAUACAGGAUCUGACAUCCGAAAUCGAAACAUUUAACGCUAGGCUCGUGGAAGCUUACAAGAACCCAAUUGCAUCUGUGAAUGUUUUGAUAGUGAAAAAUUUCCAAACUGUUGUGAAUAAAGCCGAGGAUGCGGCUGCCAACUACAUUGCACUGAGGAAGAAGAUGUACGAACACGACUCCUUGCGACCUUUUCCGCUACCAAGCAAUAUUGUAAAGGUUAAUUCUUGUGAGAAUGAGAUCAAGUCUGUUAAGGAACAGGUGAAAACGAUUCGCCAAGAACACGAAAAUUACCUUCAAUCCCUCAACCAGUACAAAACCGGUGUUCUGCUAUCUCUCCAGAGAGAUGAAGUGACAGUCUUUGACAAAGUGAUAGAGGAUAUAAAGGUGGUGGUAAACAAGCUGGUCCAAAUUGUAGAUAAAAAUGUCAAAAUGCAGUCUGUGCUUGCAGAGAUAAAUGACAUGACCUCCCACAUUCAAGCGUUUGAAAAGAAGCUAGUGGAAGCUUGCAAGAACCCAAAUGCCAAUGAACACCGUGUUUUGAGAGUAGCUGUGAAAAAAUUCCGAAUGCUUGUGAAUGAAGCCGAGGAGGCACUUGCCAACUACUUUGCACUGGUGAAGAAGUAUAGAGGAAAACAUCUCUUACAAAAACAAUUGGACUGCGUAUAUAUUGGAAAGGUCAUUUUCUAUGAGGAUAAGAUCAAGUCCAUUAGCUCAAAGAUGGAAACGAUUGGCAAAGACCACGAUAAAGAUCUUCUAUACCUACUUGACUACAAACACAUUGAUCUGCCGCUACCCAAGACUGGACCGGUGAUACAUGAAAAUAAGAGAUUGAAGACUGAUUUGGAAACCAUAAAAGGUAGUGUAAUGGAGGCAUCCAAUAAUUUGAUUGUCAUUGCAAUUGUGGGGGUGGGUGGUACUGGCAAAACUACCUUUGCUUCAACGCUUUUUAAAGACCCACAAAUUAUACAAAAGUUCACCCAUUGCAUAUGGGUUCAUGUUUCACAGUACUUUGAUAGAAAGCAAAGUUUCAUCAGCAUUCUAUAUCAAAUUACCAAGCAUAAAGAAGACUUUAGCAUGGUUCCAGAAGAUGUAGUGGCACAUAAAAUAUGGAAUUUAUUGAAGGGUAAAAGAUACUUCAUUGUAUUGGAUGAUGUAUGGGACAAAAAAGUUUGGGAUUAUUUCAAAGUUGUAUUUCCAGAAGAUUUGAAUGGAAGUAGAGUCCUGGUGACUACUCGAAGUGACUAUCUAGUAGAUUCUACCUGGAAAUCUCAUAAGCUAGAAUUGUUAAGCGAUGAUGAUGGUUGGUUGAUAAUAGAAAAAAUAGUUUUUGGUGAAAUGGGCUGCGGGGACCCAUCUUUUGCAGAGAUCGGGAGAAGAAUUGCAAAACUAUGCAAAGGACUACCUCUUGCUCUAGUAAUGGUUGCUGGCGUCUUACGUAAGUGUACAACUAUUGUUGACUGGCAACGAAUGGCUGAAAAUUUACUUUCAGGAAUUCCUCAAGAACGCCAGAGUUUCCAUGAGCUAAUAAAGUUGGGUUAUAAAUAUUUGCCUCAUGAGAUGUUGAAAAAUUGCUUCUUAUAUUUUGCAUAUUUUCCCCAAGGACAUGACAUUGCUGUUUGGAAAUUAAUCCGUUUAUGGAUUGCUGAAGAAUUCAUUCCAAUUAUAGAUGAGUUUGGAUACCCUUUAGACGUAGAAGUUGAAGCUCAAAAAUAUUUGAAUGAUCUUGUUGAUAGAAAUCUUGUGAUUGUGAGGAAAAGAAGAGCAGAUGGUCAAAUCAAAAUAUGUUACAUCCACAACGUAAUUCACGAUUUCUGCAGAAGUGAAGCUACAAGGAAAAAUUUAUUUAAGGUAAUGGAUUAUGAGGAACGGAAGUUAGAUGAUGAUGAGAAUACUUCUUCUUCUUCAACUUUUCAUGAGAAUACUUCUUCAAUUCGUCGUCUUUGUUUUCACUCCUUUACUGAAAACAAAUUUGACGUGCUCAUCAAAUCCUACGAGCAAAAGAGGAGUUUAUGCCCAUUAUUUGGCAAACAUAUCCAUUCUUUGUUGUUGUUUUCCUCUCAAAAGGGUGAGGCUCAUUAUAGAGAAGAGAAUUUAUUAGAAACCAUUGCAAACACCUUUCCACUUCUUAGGGUGUUAAACAUUGAAAUCUCGAACAAGUUAAAGUUGAAAAGGAAUGGGCGUUGUAACCUACAUCUCCUUAGGUAUCUUGCCAUCAAAGGCAAUCUCGAUUCCCUCCCCAAAUCAUUCAAAAAUCUUCGUGGAUUGGAGACUUUAGUGAUCGAGACCACAGCAAGGGAACUACAAAUUGAUGAAGGCAUAUGGAACUUGAAAAAAUUAAGGCAUGUACACACCAAUAUCUCUAUGAAAUUACCCUUUCCUCCAAAAAGAAGCACAAUUGAAUCUGGAGGAAAAAACAUCCGCACACUUUCUACAAUAUUGCCAAGGAGUUGCACACGAGGAAUCUUUUGGAAGACCCCCAAUCUCCAAAAAUUAUGUGUUCGUGGGGAUUUAUCAGAAUUUCUCAAUGAAUCGGAAAGUGUCAUUUUCAAAAUGUUAAAAUGCCUUGAAAAUUUGAAGCUCUAUGGCAUGUGUGAUAAAGUGUUAACGCUCCCAAUGAGGGUCAAUCAAGCACCUAGGCUAAAAAAGUUGACCUUCUCCGGCACAGUAUUUGAUUGGAAAGACAUGUUCGUAUUGGGGUUGUUGGAGGAGCUUGAGGUGCUGAAGUUGGAUGACUAUGCAUUCAAGGGAGAGGUUUGUGAUCUAAGGUAUAAAAAUAUUGUUUUCAAACGGCUUCAAUAUUUGCGCAUUGGAAGGACGAACCUAGUAACUUGGAAGGUCUCACAAAAUAGCUUCCCAGCUUUACAAAGUCUAGUCCUUCGAAACUGUAGCUCCCUAAAAAGUAUUCCAGAAGCUUUUGCUAAUGUUCAUACCCUUGAGGUGAUGGAAUUGGUUGACAUGAGUGAAAGUGCUGUUCAGUCUGCGAAAGAGGUCAAAGAAAAGCUCAGAAACAGUGGAUUCCAGCUCCAGCUCCACAUAACCUCUAAAAUGGGAGAGGGACCAAUGACGGCCGGCACCGACACAAUGAUAGAGGCGGUAAAAGAGAUGGUUAAAUAUGUAGAGCGGAGUUCUGGGCGGCCUCCUGGCUUAUAUUCGGAGUUAAAGAAUGUGAGCUUAGAUAUCGAAAUGUUAAAUGCCAGGCUCCAGGAAGCAGCUUACAGGAAUCCAAUUGAACCUGUCAAUGUUUUCAUAAUGAAAAACUUCCAAACUAUUGUGAAUGAAGCCAAAGAUGUGGCUCACAAGUACUGGUUGCUGACGAUAGAGUAUAAAGUCAAAACCCUCACAAAGUUUUCGGCACGCAUGAGAAGAAAUGUUAAAUCUUGUGAGAGUAAGAUCCAGUCUGUUAAGUCAAUGGUGAAAAUACUUUGCCAACAAUAUGAAAAUGAUCUUCACUCCCUCGCCAUGAUCAACCGGAACAAUGUUCUGCUAACUCCCCAGAUAGAGAGACCGAUUGACUUUGACAAAGUGAUAGCGGAAGUAGAGCAGGCGGUAAAGAUGCUAGUCCAAACUGUAGGAGACAAUGUCAACCAGGUUUCUGACAUUAUUGUGAAGUCUGAGAUAGAGGACAUCACCUCCCUAAUCAAAACGUUUACAGAGAACUUGGUGGUAGCUUGCAAGAACCCACAGGCCAAUGAAGACUGUGUUUUGAGAGUAAUAAUAAAAAAAUUCCGAACACUUUCUAAUGAAGCCAGGGAUGCGGUUACCAACUACUUUGCACAGGAGAAGAAGCAUGGGGAGAAUCCCUUGGCAAAAGCUUUUGAUAAGAUUCGGCCUUGUGGAAAGCUCAAUAAUGUUGCGAGUAAGAUCCAGUCCAUUAAGGAGAAAGUGAAAACCAUUAGCGAAGACCACAAAGAAGACCUUCGACACCUCCGGGAGGACUACAACGAACAUACUCAUCUGCCACCUCUCAAGGUUCGCUCAGAGUUACGUGAAAAUAAGAUACUGGGUUUUAAUGAUGAUUUGAAAACUAUAAAAACUCAAUUAAUGGAUGCAUCCAAAGAUUUUUUUGUCAUCCCAAUUGUGGGGAAUGCUGGAACAGGAAAAACUACAUUUGCCUCAAAGAUUUUUGAAGACCCAGAAAUCCGAAAUUAUUUCACUCAUUUCGUUUGGAUUCAUGUUUCAUGAGGUUUUCAUAGAAAGCAAAAAUUCAUUGACAUUCUCCAUCAAAUUUCCGGGCAAACAGAAGACUUUGUCACGGAGUUAGAAGAUGAGUUGGGAGCUAAAGUAAAGGGAUUAUUAGAGGAUGAAAGAUACUUGAUUGUAUUGGAUGAUGUGCGGGAAAAAGAAGAUUGGGAUUGUUUUGAAGUUGCAUUCCCUAAAAAUUUGAAAGGGAGUAGAGUCCUGAUAACCACAUCGAGCAGCAAUGCAGUUGAUUCUACUUGGAAAUCUCAUAGUUUAAGAAAGUUGAGCAAUGAUGAUGGUUGGUUGGUAAUAAAAAAUAAUGUUUUUGGUACUACAGAGCGCCUUGACACAUUAUUUGAAGAGCUUGGGAUAAAAAUAGCAGAAAAGUGCAAUAGAUUACCACAUGCUCUAGUACUGGUAGCUGGUAUCCUACGCCAUUGUUUAACAGCUGCUGGUUGGCAACGAGUGGCUGAUAAUCCUCUUCUACAAAUUAAUGGAGAAGGUCAAAGCUACCGUGAGCUAGUAGAGUUGAGCUACAAGGAUUUGCCUGAUGAGACGUUGAAAAAAUGCUUCUUAUAUUUUGCAAUGUUUCCCCUGGGACAUGAGAUUGUUGUUUGGAAGUUAAUUCGUUUAUGGAUUACUGAAGGGUUCAUUCAAACUAAAGAUGAAUGGGGAUACUAUUUAGACGAAGAAGUUGAAGCUUCAAAAUAUUUGAAUGUUCUUGUGGAUAGAAAUCUUGUGAUGGUGAAAAAAAGAAGAGCAGAUGGUAAAAUCAAAACAUGUUGCAUUCAUGACACAUUGCAUGAGUUCUGCAGAAGUGAAGCUGAAAGGCAAGAGUUAUUCUAUGUAAUGGAUGAGGGGCAAAGAUUAAAUGCAGAAAUUGAUUUGAAUCGUCUUUGUUCCUACUACACUAUGAACAUAUUUGAUGUAGAAAACAAUCCAUCUGAUUCAUUCUUCUAUCUCUUCA